AUAACCAACAAACUCAUCAUAUCAAAUAUUAUUGUACUGAGAGAAAAAGAAAAAAAAAAACAUAAUUAAUACUAAGCAUCAUGAACAAAGAGUACUCGAAGAAGAGUAGAACUUUUCUACUAAAACAAAUGCAUUCGAUGGCUCAACAAGGCAGUGUUACUACUACUAAUAGUAAUAUUAGCAUCCCCACCACCACCAUCGCUGGUAGUCAUGUUGGUGUUGGUGGUGCUGAAAAGAGGGGACAAUACUCUCCUGCAUAUCCGCCGAGGUCUCCUCAGCUGAUAUCAGGAGAGGAGAUGAUUCAUUUCAGCCACCCACAACACCCUUUGUCCUUGCUUAACCUCCCUGACCGUUUCACCUGCGCUGCGUGUAAGGAGCGCGGUGCAGGCAACAGAUACUCUUGCCUGCAAUGCAAUUUUCAGCUCCAUGACUUCUGUGGUUCAGCUUUCCCUUCUAUCAAGUCUCAUUACCUCCACUCUCAGCAUCAGCUCCUCCUCUUUUCCAAACCAGUGAAAGGUGGUGGGAUUGUGCAAUCCAAAUGCGAUGUGUGCAGCAAGGCAAUCCAAGGGUCUGCAUACAGAUGCAACGCAUGCAGCUUCCAAAUGCACCCUUGUUGUGCCAACUUGCCUUUAGAAAUGCAAAAGUUUUGGGUUCACUCACACACUUUAAGGCUUCUUCCACCCAAUUAUUACAAUAAUAGUAGUGACACAACAACAACAACAGCAGCAGCAACAACAAACAUGGCGUGUGGCGAAUGUAACCGGAAGAGGUCAGGCAGAGUGUACUAUUGCACCACUUGCGGUUACCAUCUCCACGCCGUUUGUGCCAAGACCUACAUCAACGGUCUCCGCGAAAACGGCCACAAAAACGAUGACAAGUCCAACAACAUGCUCGGCACAGCCGCCCGAGUGGCUUCUCAGGUGGUCUUUGAUUUCUUUGGGGGUCUUAUAGAAGGCAUAGCCGAAGGUGUUGGCCAAGUCAUUGUUCAAGAUGUUGCCAAGGGCAGAUCCAAUACUCCUACUACUAGUACUAGUAAUGCUGCCAAUGGAAGAUCAUCUUGGAAUAAUUAUUAAUAAUAACCAAUAUUAUAUAUGUAUUAUUAUAAUUAUAAAUCAAUCCACAUUUCUAGUUUAUAUGCAUGCCACUAUAUAAAUAUAUAUGUGGAUUUAUUAAUGAUUUGAUUAAUUAAUUAGCAAUUCAUAUAAAUAUAUAUAUAUGUUUGUGUGUAUAUUGUAUAUGCAUGGCAGGCUUUUAUCUCCAAGAAAGAAAGAAAAGAAUUAGUACAAUAUAUAGUGGAGGAUGCUUGCAUAUGAUGUAUAGUGUGGACUUUGUAAGUUUAUUCAUAUAUUUCAUGUGUAUAAAUGAUAUAUGUAUUUGAAAAGUAAUGUUGUGUUUAAUUA